AAUUUAUUAUCAUAUAGUUUGCCGGCUUCCGUUCAUCAAACAAUCUGUCUACCACCUCCAUAGGCACCCAGCCUACCAUUUACCGAGAAUGCGCUAAGUACAUACUCAGGCUCCUGCGUGCAGGCUUGUCUAUCAAUGGCACAGCAUAACACUUCUACGGCCACAGCAACAGCCAGAUCAAGUCACGCGCAUGCCUCUUGCUGGCUGCCAUAAAGUGCAGAAGAAGGCGAAGAGAAUCGGUCUGCUAUUCUCAACGGCACGGACUACACCAUCCGUUGAACCGAGGCGGUAUGAAGAUAUUUCCGACGUCGAAACGGCACAUUACAUUUUUACAGAUGGCUGCGGGCUAAUAUUUCCGCAUCUCUCCCAGGAGCUGGCAAGAAGAAUUCGUAUUGUCUCCAGGACUGUUCGAUACACUCCGUCCGUCUUCUAGAUCAGAUACCAUGGGUACAAAGGGGUCACAACAUUGGAUCCGACGAUGAAGCGAGAUGGUAGAUCGCUGAGAUUGCGCAAGUCCAUGAAGAAGUUCAGUGGCGGACACAACGAAAGCUUUUCGGUUGUCGAGUAAUUAAUGGUCUGUCGGUCAUCUUUGCCAAUCGAUGAUCUCUUUUCUACCC